GUCCUACUUUUCUGAAAUUUCAACUGUCGCCUAGGUGAAAUUCAUUUUUAGGAAAAGGCUUGAAAUUCGAAAUUGAAAAAUUUCAUUCCGAAACCCUAUUCAGCAUAGCUUGAAAGUUCAGUCGCCUGCCUGCCGCGGCGGCAGAUCCAUGACAGUGCAUUUAGGACAUGAGAGCUGGAGCAGCACUGUGUACCGAAUACUUACCCCACAUUGAGGCAGCCACGAUCUCGUCCGUGUGCUACAAGGCUCGGGGGAGACAGGGAUCCUCGUCGGGCCGGUGGUCAAAAUCUCCGUUGAACCGCCGGGUUGGCCGGUUGUACAAGUACUCGUACCACGGAGUCACGGACAGUACCAACCCGAGCCCUUACAAAAUCUCCUGCCUCAUCCUUCACUUACCAUUCUCUGCCACCAUAAAGGAUCAAAUUAGACCCAGCGCCCAAGAGAGCGAAAGCUCGACUCAACCUGUCACCUAUUCCAUCACUCCCACCACUCUGGCCAGACCGAUUUCUGACCUCUCGACCAUGUGCUCUCGAUCCCAGUUAGGGUCUGAGGAAUGGACACCCCAGCCUUCCACUCGAGCCAAGCUCUGCGACCUCCUCUUUCUCCUCUUUCAAAUGAACGAUUGACGCAGUCCUUUUUACCGCCCAAGCUUGCCCAAUCGCUGUC